GAGCAACGUUAUUUUCAGCAUCACCUUUGAAGAAAGAUUACACAGUGACUUUGUGGAACCCAAAUAUUUACAUAUGUCCUGGUGAUUAAUAAAUUAAUCUCACAAGUGUAUGAGAAAAUUCGGAGGCGAUUUUACUAAAAUAAAUGUGUCACUGGAGUUUUUAUAGUUUGGCACAAGACCAUGAGUGUUGAACAGGCGUCUAUAAACAACUUCUGAAUCGAAAAUGUGAAUUUGUUGUUAUUGUUACCAAUGUCAUGCACUUACAUAAAUCAUCACAAGAAAAGUUCAAAAUAGUGAAUGCUGAAAAUACACCAAUAUGGCAAGUUUACCGUUUAUGAAAAGAAGGAGUUCCUCGAUCAAGAAAGAAUUUACAGAGAAAGAAUUGGAAGAACUGAAGACUGCAUUCGACUUACUGGAUAGAAAUCAAGAUGGAAAAGUUAACCCUGGCGAAUUGAAAAUAAUGUUGAAUAAUCUAGGAAUAGAAAUCAAGUAUGAGAAAGCUGAAGAAAUAAUCAGAGGCGCCAGCCAUUCAGGUGGCGAUAUCAUAGAUCAAAAUGACUUCCUGACUUUCAUCAAGCAAAUCCAGCAGCCAUCUCAUGGAGAUGUAGACGAAGACCUCACAGGUGACUUGACGGCAGCUUUCCAAGUCUUCGAUCUGGAUGGUGAUGGGUUCAUAUCCAGGGAAGAGUUGAAAAUUGCAAUGGACAUGAUAGGCGAAGAGAUUACCGAAGAUCAACUUGAUCAUGCCAUCGAAGUGGCAGACACCGAUAAGGAUGGUAGAAUAAACUAUGAAGAAUUCGUCAAGGUUUUGACAUCCUGAGUAAAUGGAUCGAGUAGAAAGAAAAUAUAUUAUGUUGUGAAAAACGAAUACAACUUGUUGACUUUAGAGAUUACUUUAUUUGAAUCAGAAUAUUUUAAUCUAACCUCAAAGACUGUGAUUUAUUCAAAUUAUGAGAUCAUUUUUUUCAUAACUGACUGAAUUUUGUGACCAUGAGUUCCAUUUUGGUCUCUUAUAAAUGAGUUUGGAAGGUAUCAAUAUUCAUUUCUUUGUAGUUGACGUAUUCAAUUUUGAUAAUGAUGCUUCCUACAAUAACUUGUUCGACUCGUAAAACUUAGUGAGUAUUGUGAUUAGAUUCAAAUAAAUUAUAUAUUGA